GAAGUUUCACGGACUGCUCCUUUAAACUCUCUCCUCUCCGCUCCUCUCUUCAGGUCAGCUGACUCUGACAGGAGACGGUUCUGCAGAUCUUGGCGCUCUCCUCUAAAGUCAGUCUGUUUUUUUCUCUUGUCGAGUCAGUCGAGGAGUUCGGCGUCUCCUCUCCUCCUGGUCUUGUGGUCGUCUUGAAGGGUUCCUGCAGGAGCGAUGGAUCUGUCCGACCUCCCCUUCACGCUCUCCUCAGCCGAUGACCUCUACGAUGACCCCUGCUUCAGCACCAGCGACAUGAACCUCUUCGACGACCUGGAUGCUCGGCUGAUUCACGCCGGCCUGCUGAAGUCAGAGGACCAUCUCCAUCUUCAUCAUGUUCCAAACACAGAGGAGGAGGACGAGCAUGUGCGGGCCCCCGGGGGCCUCCACCAGGCGGGACACUGUCUGCUCUGGGCCUGCAAAGCCUGCAAGAGAAAGACAACUCACGCAGACCGGAGGAAAGCGGCGACCAUGAGGGAGAGGCGGCGGCUCAGUAAGGUGAACGACGCCUUUGAGACCUUAAAGCGCUGCACGGCGUCCAACCCCAACCAGCGUCUGCCCAAAGUGGAGAUCCUGAGGAACGCCAUCAGCUACAUCGAGUCCCUGCAGGCGCUGCUGAGGACGGGCCGGGACGACAGCUUCUACCCGCCGCUGGAGCACUACAGCGGGGACUCUGACGCCUCCAGCCCCCGGUCCAACUGCUCUGACGGCACGGUGAGUGGAGAACAGCUGAGAGGGUCGUUUCACUGAAAAUCAUCUGUUCUGAGGGUCUCUUCAGUGUUUUACUGUGAAACUGAGACUCAUGUACGACCUCCACACUUUCACUGUCAGAGCAUUUGUGAAAACUGCUCAACAUGAAGGUGAAUUAAUUUUAGACUUUGACUUUAUUGUCCCCAUGGAGUUAUUCUUCGAUUGAAUCGAUGUCUUCAGCUCCGAUGUUUUGGGGAUGUUUGUUGGAAGAAGAAGUCUUGAAUAACUGGUUAUGAACGUUACCGACCAUAUUACAGCUUUGACUUCAGUUUUGUUUCUUUAUUUUGCUAAAAUCAGCUCAGGCGACCUCCUCAUAAAAGCCUGAUGUGUCCAUCGUUUCAGUUUUAAGUUUCUCUGUUUUCUCCAUCCUUGUUUUCUCUGUUGUCUGAACUUGUCUGUAUCUCCGUUUGCUUACAGAUGGAUUUCAUCUCUUCGUGUUCGACCAAAAGUGAAAACAGCUCCUUCUGCAGCCGCACAGACGGUCAGUUUCUCACAGUCACUCCUUCAUACGUAUUUCUACAUCAGGCAGGGCAGACUCUUUUCAUAAGACCAUGAAUCAUCUCCUAAAGCUCCUGGGAGGACUUUUUAACGGGUUAUGAAACCGACUGAUUUUGAUAUUGACGCCUCAAUACGACCAUCAGUAUAAAGAAGUGAAUAACAACGUCUGACCACAGACUGAUGAUGAUGAUGAUGAUGAUGAUGACCGACACAUUUAGCUUUUCAGAAACUCAAGAAUGAGAUUAGAGGUUCUGAUCUCAAAAUCUACACCAAUUAUAAUCUGUUUUUGUAACACUUAAAGCUCCUGUGAGUAACUUUAGGUUAGUGUCAGUGUUGGCGCCCCCCUGAGGACAAAGAUGUCUUCGCUUAUCUUCACUUAUUCUGCUUUAAGAUAGUCUUUGUACUAAAGUUUCAUCCUGCUGAAUCAUUUAUUUCAGGUCUUAAAAUCAAACGUCUUGUUCCUGACGGUCUUGUUUAUUUUUUAAUUCACAAAAACACAAAAAUUUCUGUUUCAUAAGUGUAAAAAAAAACUCCCAGGAGCUUCAAGUGAGAUUGAAAAAAAGCUGGAGAAGGGCGGAGCUCCUCGUCACAAAUUUCACUGAUAAACACGGCUGACUCACUGACAGGAUUUACUAAUACUGAAACUCAACGUCAGAAUUUAUCUGAAUCAUGUUGAAAAAAACAGCUGCAGUUGAACUAAAGUGUUUUCAAAUCUGGGUUUAAAGUCAAUAUUAACACCGUAAAUAACUCUAAAUAAAAAGCAGAGAGAAACGUCUUUAAAUGAUCACAGCCUCUUCAAACACUUACGUUUCCUCUUCUUCUCUUACAGCUUCCUGUAAACAGUCGCUCAUUUCCAGUUUGGACUGUUUGUCCAGCAUCGUAGAGCGGAUCAGCACAGAUCCAGCGGUGGCCCCCCAGGGCGACAGCGUGGUCCCCCUGGGCCCCGGAUCUCCUCUAACCAGCCCUACAGGCUCCAGUCCGAGCAGUAUCUACGAGCCGCUCUGAACAGAGCUGUGGACAUUGAACUCAGAAAGACGUUCCCCUAAAGUCGAGUCCGUUCUCUUCAGACUGCUGCUUCCAUGAUCUCCGUCAGUUUCAGCCGCAGACACUCGGACUGAGGACCAUUUUGUACAUUUGUAAAUACGAGCUGUUCACACACAAAGGAUGCUGGGAUUGAUGUGUUUUCUUAUUAUUUAUGAGUGAAUUAAAUUUUAAUAAAUAUUUAUAUCUUCUUA